GGGCCUGCACAUCGCCCGCGCAUCGCCCGCGCAUCGUCUGCGAAGCUACGAUCCGAUAGAGAAGCAACGAAAGGCUGUUGAGCAUUAUUAUGUAGCGCUGAGUUAGUGAGGGGAGGAGGCUUUCCGUUUGAAUUUGUUUCUUAUCACACAACACGGACUGACUAAAGACUUGUGACUGUCGUCCACAAAGUCGUAGCGAUGAAUCGCGACGGUCAGGCGUUGCUUGAUGACCUAGGGUUGACAAACCAGCACAUCACGUUCCUAGGUGACGUUCAGGUGAGAGACGAAGACGAAAUCGGCCGGGGAUCGGAUGCAGUGGUGUACAAGGUCAACUGGCAAGGUAUCGAUAUCGCUCUCAAAGUGUUACAUCCUGUGUUGGUUGAGCCAGGUGUUCAAGACAGAGAGCGUAAACUCAGAGCAUUUGGUCAAGAGGUGUUUCGUCUUAGUAGGACGCACCACCCGAAUUUAUGCCAACUGAUAGGACUAGCUCGGGUAAGAGGGAAUGCUGCGUUGGCCCUGGAGUUGUUGUCGGCGUCUCUAGAAGACGUUAGCAUCGGAGAUGGCAGAGAAGAUACUCCUAAGCUCGUGUCGUACCUCUGCGACGCAAGCGCAGGACUUCGCUACCUGCAUUCUUUCGGAAUCAUUCAUCGCGAUCUAGCGCCCAAGAAUGUGCUCGUGAAAAAUGGCACAGCCAAAGUCAGUGACUUUGGUGUUGCUAAAUUUGUGCGCUUGACUUCACCUCGACAACAACCGCACCAAGUCCGAUCGGCCAUGGAGAUGACUCGCUGCCCAGGUACACUGCCAUUUAUGGCACCUGAGGCUUUGAGCGAGGCUCCGGAUUACGAUCGUCCCUUAGACAUGUUUUCGCUGGGUGUAAUGAUGCUGAGUGUUCUAACAGGAGUUAUGCCUGGCAUGGACGUGGUUGCAGCGCCACAGUUCGUCGUCGUGCGAGAGCGGGGCCAAGAAGUUCAAGAAGUGAUUCCGGAGACGACACGCAGAGCACGCUGCCUAGCACGUUUGCCGGAUGAACAUCCAUUGAAGCCAUUGAUCCGCCGCUGCCUCUCUAACCGUCCCGGGGACCGACCGUCAGCCGAGCAGGCACACGAAGAGAUCAAAGGUUUCCUGACAAUGUUCAACAGUAUUUUGCCGAGUCAGCCAAGCUCUGCUGCUACAGGACUUACCAGCCAGCUAGAGUCGAUUUCACAGCAGCUAAGCCAGCAAGCUACAUGCAUUGCUGACAUCACCACACGCAGCUCUGCAGUAGAGGACCAGCUCGGCACCAUUGUACAGCGUCUUGGUGAUACCCAGCUUGAAACCACCAGUAUCCGCGGUCAACUGCAGACUACGAGCCAGCAAGUGACUGGGAUGUCCAACCGCCUGGAGAUAACGAGCCAGCAAGUGACUGGGGUGUCCAACCGCCUGGAGACAACGAGCCAGCAAGUGACUGGAAUGCGCGACCGCCUGGAUACGACGAACCAACAGGUGACUGAGAUGCGAGACUGCCUGCAAACUGCGAGCCAACAAGUGACUGAGAUGCGUGCACAAGUCACCAGCCAAGAAGGGCAUACAGCAGUAGUUUCCACCCAGCUGACAGACCUACACGCAGCCAUCAGGGGGCAGUUCAAUGAUACCAACCGAAGUGUGAAUGACCACCCUUCACAACUUCCCACCGCACAGCAGGUCAGUGUGGGAAGUGGCAAUGGAUCUGGACGAACUGCAUCAUCGGUCAGUGCUAGCGGAAGGCAAACUUCCAGUGCAGAAAGCAGGGCAAACAGGACAACUGACAUGUCUAGUGUCAGUGCGGGAAGUGACACUGCAUCUGGACGAACGGCAUCACCGGUUGGUGAAAACUCUAGACAGCACUCUGCUGCACCCGCCGCACGUUCUCUGGCUCUGACGCCGGGGAUGAUUCAGCGAAUCACGAGAGAGAGAAAUUGGAUCAAAGUACCUACACCAUCUCAGUGUGAUGGUGGGUGUAAACUCAUCAACUACCAGAACACUCUCGUGGCUGUCUGGAAAGAUCAUUCCAAGAUUACAAGCAUCAAGCAGACUACAGAUAUGCGUCACUGGACUGACCUUGCCCUUCCUCCUCCUCGUCAUUCUGGUCCGUUCAAAUACCCGUCCUUGGCAAGCGCUGGUCAGGUUUUGUACCUGCAUUGUCAUGACAAUCGUGAUCAACCUGUUCUACUGCAGUACACCCAGCGUGAUAGGCAGUGGGUGAAAGUAGCAAAGGUUCCAAAUAACCACCACGUGGGGUGUGUUGUUCAUGCUACUGACACUAGUGUUAGUCUUCUAGGGGGCCUUGACUUGAGGCCAGCCAACAAUGUGAGUUGUUACACACUUUUUGACAAGCAGUGGAAAUCCUCUACUGCCAAUUCACCUUCCCCGCCUCCACUCCCAUGUCGCUGUGCAGGUGCCUCACUUGUAGCCUGUCAUGGUUCACUGUACAUCAUAGGUGGUUCUACUGGGUGUUUCCUCCAGUACACUGGUAAUGGUCAUUGGCAACAGGCUGUAAAACCAGAUGGUGUACACCUCAGGAAUAGCCUUGCAUGUUCACUGUCUGAUGACAGUCUAGUCAUAGCCAGUGCCCGGGUCACUGCCAAUGCCGGGUACAGGAUGUAUACAGCGUGUAGUGUGUAUAAUACACGUACAGGGUGUGUCUCUGCCUUACCCAAUGUAGAGAAUGAGGAUUCUAGCCUUGUAUCACUGGCAAUACUCAAUGGAGUACUGCUACUAAGUUUAACGAAUGGCAUUCUUUACACCUUGGAUGUUAACCCUUUGAGCCUGGAUGAUGUACAGUGAAACCGUUUUAGGACCAACACCCAGGGACCUUUGGUAUUUGUUUGCAAUAACGGAGGGACCUUUGGUAUUUGUUUGCAAUACCGGAGGGACCUUUGGUAUCAAUUUAUUUUGUUAACUUAGAAGAAAAGAGGACCAAAGGGCACUUCUUAUUUUUAUGUUUAUGUAUCUAUGUCAUUCGGAUCUUCCCAAGUUGUACAAUGUACUGUUGAGAUACCGAAUUCAAAUAAAUCAAUACCAUACCAAAUCCUUGGCUCUGCACCUGAGUCUAAUCAUGUUGUUUACUUACUUCUUUUCACUAAUGUUUAGUUGAUGUUACUUGAUGUUUCCUUUGCAGACUUUUUUCUACUUUACUUUGAAGUACAUGUACAUAGUGAUACAGUAGACUAACUUCAUGUUCCUGUACAUAUCCAUACUUACCAUGACACUGCAUUUCUUGAUUUCUUACCUCUUGAUCUUAUCAUGCUGUUUACAAGUUCUAUUUCAUCUUGGCAGUGCUUGCCUGCUUGCCUGGUACACCUUUGAAUGUAUGACGUCAUUUCUUGUUGUACCCAUGA